UAUACAUUUGACCUCGAUUUCUUAGAAAAGGAAACAUAAUUCGACUGGGAGUUUGGACGUUUUCAAUGUAAGGCGAUUGCACGAAAUAUGUCGUACCUUCUUUUAAGAAGCUUAGGUUUGUUAACAAUAACCUUUAUAUUUAGAGGGCCGCUACGUACACCAGCCGUUCAAGCUUUAGACUGUCCUCCUGGCUGGAGAGCGUUUGACAGCUCAUGCUACAAGAUCAUGACCAACUUUCUUAUCUCAACGAAACUUAGCUGGGGUGAUGCUCGUUCAGUGUGUUUAGGGUUCGGCGGAGACCUUGUCAGUAUAGUAAACAAAAAGGAGAUGGAUUUUGUCGAUGAGAUAUCGUCAGGUAUCGGAAGUGAACUAAUUUGGAUCGGUUUGAAUGACUCGCUCGGUGAUGGUGAAUUUGCUUGGAGUGAUGGUGCUCCAUUCAAUGGGUCAGUUUACAAUAACUGGGGAAGGAGACAACCGACUGGAGGAGAAUAUUGUGUUGCCCACAGCAUAAGUGAAAGACGAUGGCAUGACUAUCCGUGCUCCUAUACUUUUGAUUACCUCUGGCUCUNUUUGUAA